CACACGGACAUGGGAUAUAUUAGGACACUUGGUCUCACCAAUGGCUUCAGACAAUUCCUACAGUAAUUCACCAAAGUACACAGUAAUGUGUCAGUAAAGACAAAAAGUAGACUGCGACUGGUGAGAAAGGCCAGUAUCUGGGAAUUUCCUGAACAUCUCCAACAUCGGAUCAGAAAUACUUUUAAAGAGCCCCUGGCAGAAAUAGGUUGGUGUCCUACAUCUGAACAUCUACAUUUCAUCAUUGUGAUUCAAGCCGGGGACAGACCACACCGUAGACUUCCACACCUCCUAAAGCAGCUUCCAGCCACUAUGUCCUAGCUAACAGCGGCCUAACCCCCUCCCCCUGAUCACCCUGUCCCUCUCUCCAUCUUCCUCCCACUCCCAUUCCUUCAUCUCUUCUCCCGAUGUGGUGAUUUCUGGUCGCACCACCAGCGGCGCCCCUUCUGGCGUGAUGAGCAGCCUGCACCAGCAGCAUCAUGGCAGCACCGGGUCAGAGCGAGACCUUCAAUCUGCUGCCUCCUCUGUUAGCCUGCCUUCAGUUAGAAAGACCCCCAAGAAGCGACGCCUGUCCCUCCACUCGCUCUUCAGUCGUCGGCGCCGGCCCGACCGCGACCCCAAGCGCAAGUCGAGGCCUCUGCAGGCUGGAACUGGAGUGGACGGCGUUGUCAGCACGGAAAGCGUCCAGCCAGAGACUGUCAAUGAUAAAACCUCUGCCCACUCUGCACUGGCUGUAGCAUCAACUUCAUCACUGUCAGGUUCUUCUUCAGAGCUGCUGGAAUGCCCUCUGUGCCUACUGCGCCAUGCACGCGAUCGCUUCCCCGACAUCAUGACCUGCCACCACCGCUCCUGUGCAGACUGCCUGCGACAGUAUCUGCGCAUCGAGAUCUCAGAGUCUCGAGUCAACAUCUGCUGUCCCGAGUGCUCCGAGCGCUUCAAUCCCCACGACAUCCAGAUUAUCCUGGGGGACCGAGCCCUCAUGGAGAAGUACGAGGAGUUCAUGCUGAGGAGGUGGCUGGUGGCUGAACCUGACUGCCGCUGGUGCCCGGCCCCGGACUGUGGUUACGCAGUCAUUGCGUUUGGCUGUGCCAGCUGCCCAAAGAUCACCUGUGGGCGUGAGGGCUGUGGGACAGAGUUCUGCUACCACUGCAAACAGCUUUGGCAUCCCAACCAGACAUGUGACACCGCGCGGCAACAAAGAGCCCAAACUCUCCGGCUAAGAAGUUUCAGGUCCUCCUCCCUCAGCUACAGCCAAGAGAGCGGAGCUGCAGGUGAUGACAUCAAGCCGUGCCCUCGUUGUGCUGCGUACAUCAUCAAGAUGAAUGAUGGAAGCUGUAACCACAUGACCUGUGCUGUCUGCGGCUGCGAGUUUUGCUGGCUCUGCAUGAAGGAGAUCUCUGACCUGCACUAUUUAAGUCCAUCAGGCUGCACCUUCUGGGGGAAGAAGCCCUGGAGCAGAAAGAAGAAGAUCCUCUGGCAGCUCGGCACGUUGGUGGGCGCGCCCGUGGGAAUCGCCCUCAUAGCCGGCAUCGCCAUCCCUGCAAUGAUCAUUGGCAUCCCAGUGUAUGUGGGCAGAAAGAUCCAUAAUCGCUACGAGGGCAAAGACAUCUCUAAACACAAGAGGAACUUGGUAAUCGCUGGAGGUGUGACGCUGUCUGUGAUCGUGUCGCCUGUAGUUGCAGCAGUCACUGUCGGCAUCGGCGUCCCCAUCAUGCUGGCGUACGUCUACGGAGUUGUCCCGAUCUCACUGUGCCGGAGCGGCGGCUGUGGAGUGUCCGCUGGCAACGGCAAAGGGGUGCGGAUUGAGUUUGACGACGAAAAUGACAACAUAGGCAGUGGAGCAGCAGCCACAGACACAACCUCGGUGGCAGAGACUCGGCUCAACAAUCCGAGCCUCGGAGAUGGAGCGAGUGUCGGUGGCCUGACGGGCCUGAGCCUCAGUGUGAGCGGGAGCCACAUGGAGCGCUGUGGCAUGAGCUCCACCCAGCGGGACAACAUGAGCGACAACGCCAGCACAACGGCCCUGGCUGGGACCAGCAUCACCGGCAGCCUCUCUGGCAGCUGCUACAACAGGAUGGAAGUUCAGGCUGACGUCCAGAAGGAGCGUUGCAGUCUGAGCGGGGAGUCAGCUACUGUCAGUCUCGGGACAAUCAGCGACAACGCGAGCACAAAAGCCAUGGCAGGAUCGAUCCUCAAUGCCUAUAUGCCUCUGGAAAGAGACAAUAGUCUGGAAGUUCAGGCAGAUGUGGAGUCCAAACAGGAGAAGGUGAGGCACUGCAGCGCCAGCAGCAGCCUGGAUGAGGCCAGCUGCAGCAGCAGCACGGCCGGCCUUAAAGGUGCAACCGGUGGUACGUGCUCAUGCCCCUCCACCUGCUGCACGCAGCACGACAACCACUGCUGCCCCUCGUGGUCAAAGGAACCCUCCACUUCAGGGGGCAAGAAGAGCAGAGGAAAGCUUUGGAAAAGAGGGAGCAGCAGCAGCAGCAGCAAAGGAGACCCAAAAAUAAACGAGACACGAGGAGAUAUGGAUGCUCAGCUCCUGGAGCAGCGCAGCACCAACUCCUCCGAGUUCGAUUCGCCGUCCCUGAGCGGCAGCCUGCCCUCAGUGGCCGACUCGCACUGUAGCCACUUCUCAUCGGAGCUCAGCUGCUCAGACCCUGAAACCUCAAGACCGGCUCACCCGCCCUGCUCCGCCCCAACGGACCCCAACCUUCAUCAUCCCGCCAUCACCUUCAACGACGUCACCAUCACACCUAUGCCCGAGGUGGAGAACGACCGCCUCGAGCACUUUCCAUCUCAGAGUAGCCACGCAGCCUUCGCCCAUCGCCUGCUGACAUCAUCGCCACCUGCCUCACCAAAAGAGGGAAGCAGCACGUUUUUGUACAUCAGUGAGGAGAGCGGCGGCACCGUCGCCGUCGCGGACACGGAGCCAGAGGAGAAGGACGAGAGAAUACAAGAGAGCACCAAAAACACUGCCGCACAGCCUGUAAGCCCAACAAGGAAACGCUGUAUACAAACAGAUAUCUAAAGGAAGUCUCCUGAUCUUCCGGUGUUGGCUCAGCCUUACCACCUGAUUUUACUCUUAGGUGAAGCCCCAUGUGCAUCUUGGGAAGCUGAUGGUGGAGUUUAAGUCUAAUUAUAUUUUUACCUGGCAGGCAGGAAUUAUGUGAAUGUCUGUCUAUACAGUCACAGACAGGGUCGAAGUUGGAGAGAGAUUUAUGAAUAGAGGAGCACAGUGAAGUCAAACCAGAUUGGAGAGAUCUGUUUUUUAGUGACGGGACAGGCAGGUAAACCGGAGGCGAGCUGGAGCAGCAAGGCCCUCAGUAGGUGGAGUGGAAUGUAUGUGGACAGGUUGUAAAGUAGGUUUUCAGGGUGACAUGCAGAGUCUGACCCCUGAAUGAUGUUCUGAAUCCAAGCCUGAGGCAGAUUUACCGUUUUUCUCAGAGCAGAAAUGAUAAAGUUGGAUAUGAGCAAUUAUAAUGUCUGAUAUUCUUUACAAUAGUAAGUUGAGCUGCUAUUUUAAAGCCUGAACUUAUCCUCCCUCGUGACAUCUGCACAAAUCUGGUUUGCACGAAUCAGGGAUGGAUGCGUCAUCACUGUGGUCCACCACUGUGCCACCAGUUUAUUCUGUGACUUGUUAAAACGGCAUGAGUAACACCACAGCUAAAGGAUUGUUGAACCUGAGAGGGACCAGUCCGUACAGUAGCAGAUUUUAUUUUUCCAUAAUCGUCUAUAGGGAAAUUACUAUUGUUGCUUUUUGUUUAAAAUGUGACUCCUGUUUAUGUUUUUUCGUGCUUUGUCUUUGCUUAUUUUUAUUUUCCAUUUUGGGAAAGUUGGUGUUAAUGUUGAAGCCCCGUGUUGGGUCCAAACUUUAUUGUGUAGUUGGGUGGGAAUUGUGUUGACGACGAGUCAAAACGUAGUCCUUUUUAAAAAAACAAAAAAAAUAUAUUGUUGAUAUAAGACAGUUGCCGUCAUGAUGCCUCUGUCUGCACUGGUAAAAUAAUAGUUUGUUUGGUUGCACUGUGCAAAUGUAACCAAGUCUUCACUGCAAUAUUGAAUAUUGAGGGGUAUAUUAAAAGGAUCAUUUGGACUUUUGAAGUGGGGUUGUUGGGGUGGACGUACUUAGCCAUAGUCAGUGUAUUACUACAGCAGGUGGCGAUCAAAACGCUCCCAGUUUGGAGAAGCAGGCAGAACUACCAGCACAGAAGCUAAGCAAUAUACUGCUUUGGGCCGGGGCUGCAGCAAAAUGUGUUUCAGCCACAUAAACAGUCAGUUUUAGUUUAUGUGGGGGGAGCUGAGGCCGUUAUCGAUGCUCUCUUCAAAGCCACCAAACACCUCGCAGAACACAGGAGCUGCUGCCUUGAUUGUUUAGUUUGUUUGUGUUAUUAUGUGUUUCAGUGUUUAAUAGAGUUAGUUGUAUUCUCCAAAGUCGCACAAAUAACCAAAACAAACUAACCAGUUGAGGCAGCAGUAGACCAGUGACUCCUGUGUUAUGGGAGGUAAAAAUCACUGUUUUUGUCAAAGGAGUCUGGUGCCUUUGAAUAGAGAAUCAGUAACUGCUUAAUUUCCCCCCGCGUAAACUGAAACGGGGCUCAAGAUAAUACACUGACAUACAGUCAUGGAAAAAAUUAUUAGACCACUGUUUUCUUCAAUUUCUUGUUAAUUUUAAUGCCUGGUACAACUAAAGGUACAUUUGUUUGGACAAAUAGAAUAAUAACAACAAAAAUUGCUCAUAAGAGUUUAAUUUAAGAACUGAUAUCUAGACAUUGUCCACAGAAAAUCAUGGAAAAUGGCUAGAUAUCAGCUCUUAAAUUAAACUCUUAUGCACUAUUUUUGUUGUUAGAAUUUUGUCCAAGAAAAUGUAUCUUUAGUUGUACCAGGCAUUAAAAUGAACAAGAAAUUAGAGAAAACAAAGGUGGUCUUAUCAUUUUUUCCAUGACUGUAUGCCACCCUACUUCAAAAAAAAUGUUAACUAUUCCUUUAAAGAAAGGACAUUUUAAGUUUAAAUAUGAAACUGUAGCAUUUCUUACACCGUUGUAGGGGUUGUGUUACUGUUCAGUCACUCAACAAAGCAACAUAUUUGCAAUAAAGAAAUUAAGCUUUAAAAUAAUUAUUCAACACAAACGUGUCCAGUCAAGAGGUCACAUCGACUUUAUAGCAAAACUCUGAUAUAGUCAAAGGUGCAAUGGGAAACUUCUCGUAUAUUUAAGCACAUCUGUCAGUGAUGUAAUAUUCAGUAGUGAAUGUAUGAUGGUAAUAUGGUUACUUUGAUCCUCCCUCAGUAAUAUCCAAAUCAAAAUAUAAUUUUUGAUUCAGAGCUUUGGGUGUAUUUUAACUACAAUGUGUUUUAAGUUCUUAAAUCCUUGCAAAUGAUUAAUGCAAAUAAUUUUAUAUUUUUGGACCCACUGUGCCUUUUUGGGGGAAAAAAAUCUUUGUAUAGUAUUUUUAUUUUCCUUUUAUUUCCUCAUUCUGUAUGUCUUCAAAUGAUAAACAUAAAAAUCAUGAGAGAAUGAGUUAUAUUUGCCUCAUAAAAUGCUUGAAAUGCAUGAUACUAAAUGCUCCCCCGUCCCAUCAGUGCUAAUGCUAGCUUUCAAACUAGCAUGUUUAUCCCACCAAAGACUCAGGUCGCCACAUGUAACUGGAUUUUGAGGCGGUAGUUUUAAAAUCUCAAGACCAAAAUAUUUAUUUUGGGUCAUUUUUAGGAAUAAUAUUUUGAAAAUGUUUCCCUAAAGUAGCCAAAGUCAGUUCACUUGUGUCGUUAGGUGGCUCCUGUUGGCAAUAAAAACCCUGUUUAUCCAAAGCAAUCGGCAUUUUGAGAAUCAGACGUUGGGUUCAGCAGCUGCUGCAAGUUUUCAGACCACAGAUUACUUUGCUGUGAUGUCAACCCGCCGGGCUCAGCAGGAGCUGUGUGGGAGAAACGAGUCGGUCAUCAGAAGAGUUUUGGUGCACCUCAAACGCCUCCAGCUGCAGGAUGUUCCCACCCUGUUAAUGUUCCUUCUGUUAAAAAUGCCUGUUAAGUUCCUGUGAGUUUUAUAUUAUUAUUUGAAGACGAGCGCCAGGUCUAUUUUCUAACUUGGUCAAAAGAAGCUCAUGCUAUUUGGAAAAAGUAUAUAUUCCCGAAUGAUUUGCUUUAUAAUGUGCAUGUAAAUGCAUAUCCUUCAACAAUAAACUUCUCAAUCAAG